AUGGUUCGAGCAAUCAAAGGUGUAUUGGUCGAAUGCGAUCCUUCGAUUAAAGCCAUAAUCCUCGACAUAGAUAGCAAGACUCAUGACAUUAUCGUCGAGAAUCUGGAUGAGUCGCACUUGAUCAUAAAAGACAAUAAGGUCGCUGAGCUUAAACGGAUACUUGAAGAACGUUUAAAUGAGCAUACCAAAGUUGACAGCCUUGAGGAAGAAGAGGAAGAAGAGGACGAUUAA